AUGGCUGACGAGAUUGCGUUUAAGAAUAAGACACAUCGCGCUAAACAUGCCGGUCGUAAAGCCGAAAAGAAGAAGAAUAAAAAUAAAGUUGACCAAUCUAACCUAACUGCUCGUCAGAGAAAUCCCAAAGCCUUCGCUAUACAGUCGGUCGUUAGAGCUGAAAGACAGUUCCGCCGAAAGGAAGAUGUUAUUGCCAAGAAGCAGCAUAUCCCCCAAGUGGACAAAACUCCUCUCGAACCGCCUCCAAUUGUUGUCGCAAUCGUCGGGCCCCCGCGCGUGGGAAAAACUACACUCAUCAAUAAUCUUAUUAAAAGCUUUAUAAAGAUAAAUGUGACGAACACCAACGGUCCAAUUACAAUCGUGACAUCGAAAAAAAGGCGCAUCACUUUGAUUGAAUGUAAUAAUGACGUAAAUUCAAUGAUAGACAUAGCAAAGUGUGCUGAUCUCGUGUUACUUCUGUGUGACGCAAGCUUUGGCUUUGAAAUGGAGAUAUUUGAGUUCCUCAAUAUUUGCCAAGUGCAUGGCAUGCCAAAAAUUAUGGGGGUACUCACUCAUUUAGAUAUGAUAAAGAAUGCUAAAACGUUGAAAUCAACAAAGAAGACUUUGAAGCAUAGAUUUUGGACCGAGGUGUACUCCGGAGCCAAGUUGUUCUAUCUCUCCGGCAUCCUACAUGGAGAAUACUUAAGGAAUGAAAUAAAGAAUCUGUCAAGAUUUAUUUCAGUAAUGAAGUUCAGGAAUUUAAGUUGGAGAACGACUCACUCUUAUAUACUGGCUGACAGAUUAGAAGAUGUAACUAGUCAGGAAUUGAUAAGAAGAGACCCAACGGUAAACAGAGAUGUGGUGCUCUAUGGUUAUGUCAGAGGAGUUCCAUUAAUGAAAGAAUCAAUGGUUCAUAUUGCAGGUGUAGGCGAUAUGAAAAUCAAUGAGCUGUCCUACCUUCCGGACCCAUGCCCACUUCCCUGCAGUGAGAAGAAACGUCAUCUAUUAGAGCGAGAACGACAAAUAUAUGCUCCAUUUGCAGGUGUUGGUGGUAUGGUUUAUGAUAAAGAUGCUGUUUACAUUGAGUUACAAGGCUCUCACUCACAUAAAAAACAAGAUGAAGAGACAAAUGAAAACAAAGUGUAUUUAAAAAAGAUUGUGGAAACAAAAGAAAAUUUGGACGAACUAAGGCAGGAGGCAACGUUUCAAUUGUUCAGUGGAGGUCCUGUCAUGUACCCAGAUAUGGUUAAGGAUGAUGAAUAUUUGCAACAUAAUAAGGAAGUUAAUUCUGAUGAUGAAUCCGAAUCAGAUGAAAGUGUGUCUGAAAAUGAUAGUGGUAUAGAUCAAAAUGAAUCAGGAGACAGGAAGAAAGUACCAUGGGAGAAUAACACUGUCAAUGGUUCAGGUGAAGAAGACAAUGAUGUAAGUUCUAAUGACGAUGAAACAGCCGAUAAGGAUGAAGUGGGAGUAAAAUCGGAUGACGAAGAUUCUUCAGAUUCAGACAUUGAAAAUAAAGAAGUACGAACAGAGAAUUUGGACAAAAAAUGGAAUGAAAAAUUACGUGAAAAAGCGAUAGAAGCUUAUCUAGAGAGACAGAAAAGUUCAAAAAAUAUUAUGAAACUUGUGUACGGCGAUUAUGAAAUUGGAAAUAAGACUAAGAACAAGGAACAAGAGAUAUCUGAUGAAGAAGAUGAAGUUGAUGGGUUAUUUAAAAAGGUCACCAAGACACAAAAGAAGAAACACCAAGAAAAGGAAAUGCUGGAUGUAGAUGAAUGUUCAUUUUUCUAUGCUUUAGAUAAACCUUAUUUAAAAGAUUGGACCAGCGAAGCAAACAAACAGUAUUUGAUCAAUAAUUUUGUUACUGGCAAAAGAUCAGCUGAUGAAGAUGCAGAUGAACUUUUGAAGUUAGAUGACGCCAGCGAUGGCGAAGAUGAGGAACUGUUUGGCGAUUUCGAAGAUUUGGAGACAGGAGAAAAACAUACAGUUGAAGGAACGGAAACUGGCACAAAGAGAAAAGCUGAACCAACAAAAUCAGACAUACUGGAUAAAAAAAUGAAAUUAAAGGCCAAGUUUGAUGCUGAAUAUGAUAAUCCCGAUGACCAUAGAAUCAAAGGAGACCAUUCAUACUAUGAGAGCCUGAAAGCAGAAGCGUUAAAACAAUCCGAACUUAAUAAAUCGGUCUUUGAAAACUUAGACAAUGGCUUGAGAGUUGAAGUUGAAGGCUUCAGACCAGGCUUGUAUGUGAGAAUGUCAUUCAAACACAUGCCUGCAGAAUUUAUUACCAAUUUUGACAGUACUUAUCCAAUCCUGAUAGGCGCCCUUAACAUGGCCGAACAAAAUAUUGGUUUUGUAUCCUGCAAAGUUAAAAAGCACAGGUGGUACAAAAAGAUACUCAAGACAAACGAUCCUCUGAUUAUAUCAUUGGGUUGGCGUCGCUUCCAAACCAUACCUAUUUACUCCAAAAUAGAGGAUGAUUUAAAAUGCAGGUAUUUGAAGUAUACUCCAGAACAUGUAACCUGUAACAUGCAUUUCUAUGGGCCCAUUACACCACAGAACACAGGCUUCUUAGCUUUACAAAGUGUUAAUAACAACUUAAAUGAUAUUAAACAAGCAGGUUUUAGAAUAGCUGCAACUGGCAGUGUGAACGAAAUCAACAAAUCAACUCAGAUAGUUAAAAAACUCAAACUAGUUGGUACUCCGCUAAAAAUAUACAAAAAAACAGCAUUUAUAAAGGAUAUGUUUACAACUACCCUUGAAGUUGCAAAGUUUGAAGGGGCUAGGAUUAAAACGGUAUCUGGGAUAAGAGGGCAGAUCAAGAAAGCGUUAAACAAACCCGAAGGUGCGUUCAGGGCUACAUUUGAAGAUAAAAUAUUGAUGAGUGAUAUAGUCUUCUGUAGGACUUGGUUUAAAGUGGACGUCACUAAAUUCUAUGCACCUGUAGUAAAUUUAUUGCUUCCUGUUGGAGCUAAAAACGCUUGGCAGGGCAUGAAGACUAAAGGACAAUUGAAGAGGGAAAAGAAUAUUAAAAAUGAAGCCAACACAGACGCAAUGUACACCGAAAUCAAACGCGCUCCAAAAGUCUUCAAACCUCUAGUCAUACCUAAGAAUUUACAGAAGGGCUUGCCAUACAGAUUUAAACCCAAAGAAAAAUCGACCACACUCUCUGGUGUUAAUCCAAAGGAUAAGUUCCAAAACAGGAUAGCGGUUAUCAAGAAUCCAUAUGAACAAAAAGUGACAAAUGUGAUGAAGAUGUUAAAAACUAAUUAUGAAAAGAAGAAAGAAGUGCAGAAGGAGGCGACAGCGCUUAGGCUGCAAAAGCACAAAAAGCAACAAGAAGAAGAAGAGUGGAGAAAGCUAAAAAGACAAAAAGAGUUAAAGAAGAAAAUUUGUAGACAUUUAAGUAAAAUGGGUAAUAAAAAGAAACCACAAAUGUAA